GCUUUCAACAUGUCUUCCUCUGCUCGCUGUUUUGGGACCAACUUCCUUGGGCGCCUUAAAAGCCCCAUCUGUAGCUCCAACGCUGAGCAAGAUGACCACCAACUUCCCAAGUUUGAGCACUUUGGGGAGGCUGUGGCAAUUCCCCGUGGCCCCUACAGUGAUGCCAACCUGGAAUGUGUGAGAGUGGACAUGAUGCAAAAUGAGAACAAGAGCGACCACCACUGUCACUUGUACAAAAACAACAUUCUCAUCGUCCGCAGAGCCCAAGAGUUUCAGAUGACCCUCCAGUUCAACCAGCCCGUAAAUCCCAGUGACAAUUUCCAGAUUGAGUUUUACAUUGGUAUCGAUGACAACGUGUUGAAUGGCACAAAGAUCAUCAUCUCCUUUGACGGCUCACAAUCUGGGAAUUGGACCGGCCGCAUGAUACAGCAACAAGGGGAUGAGUGCGUGGUGGGCAUCACCCCUUCUGCGGACGCCAUCAUCGGGAAGUACUACACGAGUGUGGCGGUCAUCGGGUCCAAUGGAGUCUCAAGGACACAAAAGGACUCUGGAACAGAGUUCUACCUCCUGUUCAACGCCUGGGCGUCCAAUGAUGAAGUGUAUAUGCCCAAUGAGGAAGAAAGGCAGGAGUAUGUGAUGAAUGAAAAUGGCUUCAUAUAUGAGGAGGAAUCAGGUGAUGGAAGACAAUGGUUUUAUGGCCAGUUUGUGGAAGGGAUUCUUGAUGCCUGUUUCCAAAUCUUGGAUGACUCACACAUGCCUCUAGUAAACAGAGGUGAUGCUGUCAAAGUCUGCAGGAUAGGCUCUGCAAUGAUGAACUCCCAGGAUGACCGUGGGGUCUUGGUGGGCAACUGGAGCGAUGACUACUCCCUCGGCACUGCACCAACCUUCUGGAUUGGCAGUGACCAGAUCCUGCUCCAGUACGUCAACAAAGGGCCCGUCAGCUUCGCCCAGUGCUGGGUCUACGCCGGGACGUUCAACACCUUUCUGCGGUGUCUGGGCAUCCCUGCCAGGGUGAUCACCAACUUCAACUCCGCCCACGACAACACAGGGAACAUAAUCACAGAUCUCGUCUUCAACUCUGUGGGAAAUCAGCUUGAACUGAACGAGCGCCUUACCAGAGACUCAAUCUGGAACUAUCACUGCUGGAACGAGGCUUACUUGUCCAGACUUGACCUCCCUGCAGACCAGAACUUUGGUGGCUGGCAGGUGGUGGAUUCCACCCCCCAGGAAACCAGUGAUGGAUAUUUCCGCUGUGGACCUUGCUCUGUCAAAGCCAUCAAGGAAGGAAUGCUUGGCUAUCAAUUUGAUGCCCCGUUUGUGUUUGCUGAGGUGAAUAGCGACGUUUACAAAUACAAGCUAAAUUCACAAACUGGGAAAACUGAGUUACUAAGCGUCGACACAACUUAUGUCGGCAUGAAAAUCCUGACGAAGUCCAUUGGUGAGACCAAUGAGCCAAUGGACAUUACAGGGACGUACAAAUACCCAGAAGGCAGUAGUCAAGAUGAGGAGACCAUGAAGAAUGCAGAGAGAACCUACAAGACGCAUUUGCAAUAUGACGAUGAGCAGGGCGUGGCGAUGACGCUGGAGAUCCCGCAGGAGCGUGUGAAGAUUGGCCAGAACUUCCAGAUGGCUGUGGUCUUCAGGAACAUGAGUGAAGAAACACGCACCAUCCAUGGCCUCCUGGUCGGCUCCACGAUCUACUACACCAACAUCCAAAGGGCUCAGUUCAAGCAGUUGACCUUUGACAUCACUCUGAAACCCAUGGAGACGUCGAGGAUACAGGUGGGCGUGCUGGCCCAGAACUACAUGCCCAAGCUGGGUUGCCAAUCCAACCUCCGCUUUGUGGUGACGGCCAAGAGCAUGGAGAACAACCAGGACAUGACAGCCAUACAGAUAGUGAACCUGAAAGGCCCCGAGUUGACAUUUGCGAUGAGUGGACCAGCGAAGGUGAACCAGGAGAUAUUUGUCAAGGUGGAGUUCACCAACCCGUUCCCAUUCAGCCUGCAUGACGUGAGGAUGGCCAUACAAGGGCCUAAUUUCAUCUCAUACCGGGAAAAGUUGUACAGUGAGAUCUCUACCGGCGCCUCCAUCACCUGGAUAGAGUCCUGUGUCCCUACGAGGUCUGGGAAUACAAUGAUCUAUGCUGUCCUGGACUGCUCAGUCCUUGGGAAUGUGCAAGGCAAUUGGGCCGUCGGCGUCCAGGCCUGAGCAUCGCCCAGGAAGCACUUCCCACCUGCUAAUCGCCUGCCAUCGACCGGAGAACCAUGGACGAAUAGAGGCUCUUGUAUAGAUCUGAAAGGAUUUGAUUGCUGGAUAAGCAAUUCCAUCUAGCUUAUGAGAAGGUGAGGGCGAGCAAAUAACAUACCCCUUACGGAAAAAACACAUGAUUCACAGGUGAAAUUUCCUCCUGGGAAAUCAUGUGAAACCGUGUUUGGUUUUUUUGAACACUGAAGUUUACAUGUGGGUUUUACAUGUGAUCACAUAACCUUUCACGUGAAUAUUUUUCAAAUGAGAUUCCACAGAUGAUGCCCUGCAAACAAAAUUGAGUCGUUAGGAUACACACAAACAGUGCUUUUAACAUACAUUGUUUUCAAUGUACAUUUUUGACAUACAUAAUUACAUUGUGUAUGUUUAUUUAUACAGUAAUUAUUAUUCAACAUGUCCUCAGCUGGGUUUUGAACUCAAAUUCUUGGUUCAGGGCAUCCCGACCUUCCUGCUACACCAUCACAUCAGUGUCAAUUACAGAUUGAACCUGUAUUCCUACACUUUAGGUUUAAGUAAAGUAAAUAUCAGCUUUGUUAAAAAUACACUAUUUUAAAAUACGAUUAUAGUUAUCAUAGUGAUUCAGGAGUAACAUUAAAACAGAAUAAUAUCCCCCACAAACAGUAGACAACUAUUCAGAAAACUAUACUUAUUCUGAAAUAACUGUAUGAAAUCUAUGGUGAGAGAAUAAUAAGAUUAACUAAAAUAGAAGUGCAGAUGGCACUCUUUUGCUAAGUGCAGACAUGUAUUAUAGAUAAUGAAUGUGUAUAGGAAUGCUAUAGACUUUGAUGGGCAGCAGAAAGAUCAGUGUAACCCAGAAGUUGUCAAUUCUAAUCCCAGGUGGGGUCAUAUUGAAAAGUCACUACCAAGUGAUCAUGUCAAAUGUAAUCAUGUUGUCAUUGAUGAAAUAUUUUGUACACUAUUUUAGCUGAAUAGUGUACCAGUUACUUUAAAACCCACAAAUCAUUUGAUUCCCUUACACAAAAAGACAUGCAAAAUCGCAUUGUUGAGCUGAAAUUCACAUUUCACAAAAGAAGAAUCACAAAAAAAAGAGACUUGAGGUCAGUUCUUCACAUAUGAAACCACAUGUUCACAUGUAUUCAAUUUAGAGUUCACAUGUUAACACCACCUUUUCACAUAUGAGGAGAAUAACAUGUUUUCACCUCACGUGGAAUUUGUUUUUCAUAUGUGAAAACGUUCACAUAGGAACAUCUAACUCUCAAAUGUGUAGUUUCAUGGUAUCGUACGUAGGCAUUUUGCAUCCCCAUGUUGUCACAUUUAUUUCACGAGAUCAUGUUUUCACAUGUGUAGGUUCAUGUUAUCAGAUGUUGCUUUUACAUGUUGUCACAGAUGUUAUCACCUGUGAAAUACAUGUGAUUUUUCUGUAAGGGAUUGCUUACACCGAUAAGAUUUGUUACAGAAAGGGCUAGGAGUUGAUUUGGAAUUGGGCAGAAGAGGGAGGGCCAAGUCGCAAUAAACGCAUCAGUUUAUCUUAUUAUUUUCUCUGCAUUGCCAAAUAUCAAUCAAAUCAAUGUAUUUUCAGGCAUCGGUGACACUUAAAGUUGAAGGGCACCUACAUAAGGACUUCAUCACCCAUUCAGUAGCCAUAUAUGCCACAUUCAUAAUCAGUAGAACUGCAAGCUGACUUUAUUUAACUAGGCAAGUUAGUUAAGUACACAUUUUUAUAUACACCGACGGCCUACCCCGGCCAAACCCGGACGAUGCUGGACCAAUUGCGCGCCGUCCUAUGGGACUCCCAAUCACGGGCAGAUGUUAUACAGCCUGGAUACGAACCAGAGACUGUAGUGACGCCUCUUGCACCGAGAUGCAGUGCCUUAGACCGCUGUGACUUCUUUGAUAUGUGACAAUAUCAUCACUUGCAUGUCGACUCUAAACAUCCUGUGUAAACUGGCAGUUGUUGACAUAGUUUUUUCAUAAAAGUUAACCCUUCACAAGUGUUUCCAAAGACUCUCGGACGAAAAACGUUCAAAAGUUAUGAUCCAUAUGAAUAUGAUGGAUAGAGUUUUUUUAUGUGUUCUAAUUAGAUUACAUUUAUAUAUCAGGGAUUUAAUUUGGCUUCGAAUCAGCCGACUCAGAUUCGGGUUUCUGUUAUUGUCGACCAUACAAACCUUUGCUGACUGUAAAUUUCUCACACAAUCAUGACCUUCAAUCUAAUCAACGGUCCAGUGUUAUCUGCAGUAGAUUUUAAAUCAAGCAGAAAAGGUACUGCAUUUAAAGAAUUAGGAAACAACAUGAAAAUGUUUUCUUUAGACUGAGAUUUUUUUUGCAAUAUAAAUCAUUUAAUUGUAUAAUGUAAAAAAGAAGAGCACAAUGUAAAGCCAUAUGUGGGAACCAGUCCUCAGUUAUUUUGUUUGAUAGUUUUAUGUAUAACCAGUUUUAUUGGAAAACCAGCAUUUUUGGCUUUGCAUCAAACUAAAUAUUUUAAUUUCACUGCCAUUUACUGUUUAACAUUUCAGCUGUGCACUGCUUUUGAUUAACAAUAAAAUAAUUUUCAAAAUCAA